UAUCCCGGAAAAAAUCAACGUCUGUCAAAGCCAAAUAUGCCGCCUAGCGCUCCGUUUAUAUACAUUUUUUUAUUCUUUAUUUUUCACCAAAAAACAGCAAAAACCCAUUAACCCUUUGCACUUUCCUCUGUUAGUCAUGCCAAGGGAGAAAAGGAAGUGGUGGUGCCACAUAAAGAUGAAGAUUUAUGAAACCAUUAAUUUCAUUUUAUUUUAACGCCACAGUUAGGCCACUAAAAACAAGAAAAAAUGCGAAAAAGAAAAUAGUGCACAAAUAAAAAGUUAACAAAAAAAAUUCUCUAACCAAUAAAGCACAACAACAAGGAAAACGUUCCUUUGGUCAGUUGAGCAUGAAAAUGUGAAGAAUUUGCAUUGGUCAAAAUGAGAAAUUUUGCAAUGAAUAGUGGAAGAGUGAACUCAUGCUGAUGAAGGAAAAAGUACAGCAAGAAUUUUGCUUGUGAAAUUAAAUUAAAAUCGCAGGAAUUCACAGUGAAAAAGAAAAAAAAAAUGAUAAAAAUCUGUUAUGAAACCAUAGUGAAAAAUCCAGCACGGGCGCGUCAACUUCAGUGAACAACAGCAAAGACGAAAAACAACAAUAACAAUAUGUUUGGAAAACGAAUGCCGCAACUGUUACCCUCCAACUACCCACCCAUUCCCAUUCUCAAAAGCCACCACAGCAAAAGUACGGCAGACAAGAAAAUCUUUACACGCAUUCACCACAAAAUAUUAAAAGAGGGGACCAACGAGCCGCAACAGGCCCAAUCUCCUUGUAAUUAUUGCCAACGAAAAUGUCUAGCCAUCAUCGACAACAUCCACAAGCAAUCUCUCUAUGUGUAAAUGAUACGCAAAAUAACGUUACUGAAGUUGAAUACAAAGAUCAAAAUGAGGCUGAUGAUGAUGAUGAUGAAGGUGAAACUGGCCACGCUGCGUUAGCUACAGCAGGUCAACCGACCAAGACAAGUACGGGCACAGCAAGGGGGCGUAGAGAAAUUUGUGACAAGCCACUGACGAGUGACCAACAAGGAACAGUAAAGGAUAACAAUAACUGCCAAGCCGUACAACAACCAAGUAAUAUAGCCGCCGACAAGCAGCGCUUCGAGAAGGCCAACAGCGCAAUAGUCAUACAAACUGUUAACGCAACCCCCAUAACCCCAGCUGGCGUGAAUUUAAAAACAUCAAUUUACGACUGGGACUCACCCAGCUCAUUUACCGGUACAGUGAAGAGGCGUUGCCGACGCCCACAUUCUGUUGCAACAGCGCCUGCCAACAUAGAACGCAGUUUGGGCCAUGCGAGUGUGAAACAGAAUGCAGCUUCGGAAAGCUCAGCGCUGUCAGUGAAAGCUUCAACCUCCCAGAAAAGUGAGUUUGAUGAGAACCGCAAAAAUAUUUGUAACAACAAUCGCAACAAUAAUGCAAUUAGUGAAAGCAAUACUGCAUCGGUGGACGGUCGAAAGUUAAAACGGCGUACAGCAUACACCACCGAAGCACAAAACGGGCAACGGCCACAACGCGUCGCUUUAACUACUAAUAUAGGGUCUAAAAAUUCUGUCAGCAACAUGCCGAAAUCGCAGCGCCACGGCAAAGAAAAGUCGAAUAAAUUGCGGCACAGCAAAUCGCUGGCUUCAGCCGAUCGGAAUGCCAAUAACGCCGCUAACACAUCUUCCUCACCACCGUCGCCCCACAGUGACUUGGGUGCCGAUCAUAAUUCCCUAACUGUGUCCCAACAUUCACACUCCAGCGCGCCGGGCACGAUACCAAAGUCUACUGCUGGAACGUCAUUGCACGGUUCGUACAAUCGUAAUCUUUGCAAUGCUUCCUUCUCUCGCGCGAAUGAACUGCAAAAUGAUCCAAAUGCCAUACGCGAUGCCAACUAUAUGGAAUUGAGCUUCUAUGAUGGACGUUACACGGACUCAGAAGGCACGCAAUUUACUGAACUCUUUCGUGAUUUCCCUGUGAGUUAUGAGUCCACGACGGUCAUUACUAACUCACAGUUUGCGAAGUGUGGUCUUGCGACACAAGAAUCGCCACGGCCGCUGCCACCAUAUCGUGAACCCCCACCACCGACGCCACCACCGAUCUCCCAAAUGCCAACACGUGACUCGCGUUACCUUACCGCCGAUCCGUGUGUAACUUUAUCCGCACCAGCGACACCUUCACGCGGCAAGGUUGUGCUGAGCAAGAAAGAGCGAAAAGAGUUGAGCAAAUUGAAUGCGCGGCUGGGCGUAUAUGAUGGUAGCGAGCAUGUUGGUGGCAGUACGAGUGCACAGUCCAGUCCCUAUAAAGGACGUGUGUCUGAGCUGAAGAACUGCUUGGCGCGCGGACUCUUUGCAUCGCUUAGUCGUGGUUCGCAUAAGUCACUUACAGCGAGCAGUGCGGUGCCAGAUGAUGCCACCUCCUCGUCGAAUGAGAUCUCGCCACCGCCACCUGCGCCAUCAGACACCAGCCCACCGAACUCGAAUGCAUCCAAUAAUAAUGAUGCAGACUAUAGCGAUAAAUUGAAGAAUUUGCCUGUGCGUCAGCGUAAAACGCACGUCUCGCACAUGGAUAACUAUUGCCUCUUCGAUCCCGUGGACUUCAUCAAUGAAAAAGCAAUGCGCCAACGUACACAUGCGCAAUUAGGUGGAAUGUUUGAGCCGGCAACAACACAUGGUCUACGCGAUCCACUAUUCAGUUCACGGCAGAACUUGAACUUUAGUGAAGAAGAAAUUGUGCCCGAAGUCAUCUAUAACGAGGAGCUACCAGAGGAGGAUGACUCCACGCUAGUUAUUGAGGUGACGUUCGAGGAAGCUUGCGGUGGUGUAGCGACAUCGUCAAACUUUGAUCAUCAUAACUACUUUGUGAUUGACCCAGAUGAUUUUGAAGAGGAACCUGUACCAGAUAUCGGCAUACCAAAUCCGUACACAAACGAGCAACUGGUGCAUGCCAAUCUCGAAGCGUUGUCGGUGCAAACGACUACCAAAGCAAACGAGCCUAUACUACGUGAAUCUGCUAGUUUAGAGCAACUACUCGAAGUGCUCGAUGCGGCGCCGAGCAUGUCGAAUAGCCAAGAAUCGAAAGAUACAAAUACCACCGCUUCCACCACCACAACAACAUCCACCGCGCUCGUGGAGUCAUCCACGUCCACAAAUUCAACAAGUUCAUCCACCUCAGCGACUUCCUCGCAAACUACGCUACAACGCACAAAAAAGAAGUUAACCUUCUUAAAUCUUUCACCCUUUCGCACGCAUUCGUCGAAACACUCUUCAGCAGCUGGCAACUCGGGCAGUGCGAAUGACAAACGCGGUAAGCGUCAUGCCGGCAAUGACGGCAAUAAAACGAAUAACGUGGACGCUGAUGCGGCUGCGGGUGUAACUGCAUCGAGUAGCGAGCAGCGCGCUGUCUCGGAGUUGGUCAGUUCGGAGCACAUGCUUCAUUUGCAGCAUAUGCUGCUGGACGGGAAGGAGCACUUGCGCGCACGUACCGUACCGAUCGAGUCGAAUUAUGUGCUCUUUAAUCCGGGUCCGGUGCCAAGUCGUAAUGUACCGUAUAAAAUUCGCAAACCUCGUCCGCUCUCCUCACACAGUGAUGCGGAUAGUGGCUUCUUGAGCCCCUGUUCGCCUGAUGAACUGUCGGCUUUGAAGUUCAACUCGGCGAUUUUGGUGCUGCAGCAGUGUGACAGUGUGCAAGGAUACAUUGAGGUGAGUGGUAUUGAAUUAGUGAUUUAG